AUGAACUUCUCAGAACUCUCAAUCUACGCCCUUGGCCUCGCUUGCAUUGCUAGAAGCAUAAUGGCCUUCACCAACCCGCAGGCCGAGUAUGCACUCAAUGGACUAAGGCAUACCGCCACUUCGAAGGAUGAUCCAAGCUCAGAACCUAUUUACAUGUUGGGCACUUGGGAAUUGUCAGUCGGCAUCCUCUUGUUGGCACACCAGAUGAACGGAAACAGCAAUGGAGUCACGACGCUCCUGGGGUUGAUGAGUUUGUACAAGGCUGGCAUUGCGAUAUUACUUUGGAAGAUUGGAAGUGGGACGAAUAAGGUAGCUGGGAAUGUGGCUACGACUGCUUUCCUUUUGACCUGGGCUGCUUCAAGAAGAUAA